AUGGAGUCCAUUCCAAACGAAGACAAGAAAACCGCCCUGGAACACGUCCACCUCCCCCGCAUCUCCAUCAAAUUCUGCACGCAGUGCCGAUGGAUGCUCCGCGCCGCAUACUUCGCCCAAGAACUCCUCUCAACAUUCAGCACAGACCUAGGCGAGGUCGCCCUAGUCCCCAUGACCGGAGGCGUAUUCACCGUGACGAUAUGGCAUGGCACGGCAUCGGAUGAUGGGCAAAUUACCACCCGGGAGAGUAUUCUAUGGGAUCGGAAGCGAGAUGGGGGGUUCCCUGAAGUCAAAGCACUUAAAUCCCUCGUGCGGAAUGUUAUUGCCCCCGAGCGGGAUUUGGGGCAUACGGAUCGUGCAUUGAAGGCCCAGCAGAGUGGGCAGAAGGAGAAGAUAAGAGAGGAGGAGAGUAAGGAUGCUAAGGCUUGUGAGGAUUGUCAGUAG